AUGGCCGUCGACCGUCUCUCCUCCCUCCUCAACCAUUUGAAGCCCGGCAACUCUGGCAUCGCGGCGAUUACAACCAAAAACCCAGAAGAUGUCGUGGUCACACUUGCAAUCCGCACUCCCUUGACCAAAGGCUUCAAGGGAGGCUUCAAGGACACAUCGCUUGAUUACAUAGUCUAUUCGGUGCUGAAACAGCUCGUUGAGCGGUCACAGAUUGACCCUGCGCUUAUCGAGGACGUUUGUUUGGGAAAUGUCGGCGACGGACGAGCAGCAUACCUAGGCCGCGGCGCCGCCCUCGCAGCCGGCAUCCCACAUACCGCCGGCGCCUCAAGCGUCAACCGCUUCUGCGCCUCCGGGCUCAAGGCAAUCCACGACAUCGCCAACCAGAUCCGCACCGGCGCCAUCGAAAUCGGCGUUGCCGUCGGCGCUGAGUCCAUGACCUCCGGCGGCGGGCCAAUCGACACAUUCCAUGAAGAGAUCCUCAAGAACCAAGAAGCCGCUGACUGUCUACAACCUAUGGGUCAGACAUCCGAGAAUGUCGGUGACGAUUUUGGAAUCACACGCCAGAUGCAGGAUGAGUAUUCCGUGGAGUCGUUUCGACGUGCUGAAGUGGCUCAAAAGGCGGGUUGGUUUGAUGAUGAGAUUGUGCCUGUUACGACGAAAGUCACGGAUCCCAAGACGGGAGAAGAGAAGACGGUCACACUUACCAAGGAUGAGGGUCCUCGGUACGGAACCACGUAUGAGGGAUUGAGCAAGAUUCGACCUGCUUUCCCUCAGUUUGGAAAUAAGACCACUGGCGGUAACGCCAGUCAGGUUACCGACGGAGCCGCCGCGGUCCUCCUGAUGCGCCGCUCCAAAGCAAUCGAACUCAACCAGCCCAUCCUCGCCAAAUUCUGCGGCGCCACCGUCGCCGGCGUGCCCCCACGAGUAAUGGGCAUCGGUCCCACGGCCGCCAUCCCCAAGCUCCUUAAACAAUUCAAUCUGACCGUUCCCGAUAUCGACAUUUGGGAAAUAAACGAAGCCUUUGCCUCAAUGGCGGUUUAUUGUCUUAAGAAUCUAGGCAUUGAGCAUGAAAAACUCAAUCCCCGCGGAGGAGCGAUUGCGCUUGGGCAUCCUCUAGGAGCGACAGGGGCGAGACAGGUCGUUACGAUGUUGAGUGAGGCGAGGAGGACGAAGAAGAAGAUUUUGGUUAAUAGUAUGUGUAUUGGUACGGGGCAGGGGAUGGCGGGACUUUGGGUUAAUGAGCAGGUUUGA